AUGAUUGUGUGUAUGACGUUUAUAUAGUCAAUUCAAUCGUUUUUAUUCACGCUCCACUUAUUAGCGUCGAGUGAUUGUAUUAACACUUUCAGGUUCCGUUCAGGUAAAAUCUUCAGUAUGAGUGGUGAACCCCAAGCGAAACGUACCAAAAUGAGCGCCCUAGAGCAGUUAAAACAAUAUUGUACGGUGGUGGCCGAUACCGGUGAUUUUGAAGCAAUGAAGGAGUACAAACCAACAGAUGCUACUACAAAUCCAAGUUUGAUAUUGUCUGCGGCUGCCAUGGAGCAGUACCAGCAUAUACUUGAUAAAGCCAUCAAAUAUGCGAAGGAGGUUGGCAGCACUGUGGAAGAGCAAGUAGCAGAGACCCUGGACAUGCUCAGUGUAUUGUUUGGUUGUGAGAUACUUAAGAUCAUUCCUGGGAGAGUCUCUGUGGAAGUUGACGCCAGAUUGUCCUUUGAUAAGGAUGCCAGCAUAUCCAAGGCUAUCAAGCUGAUCAACAUGUUUGCUGAAUAUGGCAUUAAGAAGGAACGCAUUCUAAUAAAGUUGGCUUCAACUUGGGAAGGCAUCCAAGCAGCAAGAGAAUUAGAGAAAAAACAUGGAAUCCACUGUAAUUUGACCUUGCUGUUCUCUUUGUACCAAGCUAUUGCUUGUGCUGAAGCUAAUGUCACCCUUAUAUCACCAUUUGUUGGAAGAAUUCUGGAUUGGUAUGUUGAGCACACAAAGAAGACAUAUGAAGGUAAAGAAGACCCUGGCGUCGUGUCAGUCACUCGCGUAUACAAUUACUACAAGAAAUUUGGCUACAAGACUCAAGUGAUGGGAGCAUCUUUCCGUAACACUGGCGAGAUUCGCGAGCUAGCCGGCUGCGACCUGCUUACCAUCAGCCCUAAGCUUUUACAAGAGUUGGCAUCCAGUGAGCAACCACUGAAGAGAGUUCUGGACCCAAAGUUUGCUGCUCAGUGUGACAUGGAAAAGAUUUCCCUAAGCGAGUCGCAGUUCCGUUGGCAUCUUAAUGAAGAUCAGAUGGCUACUGACAAACUUUCGGACGGAAUCAGGAAAUUUGCUGCUGACACAAGAAAACUUGAGACUCUUAUCAAAGCUCUAUUGGCUAAGAAGUAAAUAUGAAAAAGAAAAAUGCACACUAACUGGGGUUAAGAGGCACAAUUAGGCUAAGCUUAAAUUUAAGCAUAAGGAGUGAUUUAAAUAAAUUGUUUUUCAUAUAUUUUUACGAGGUUUUCUUGAGGUUUUUUUAUAUGUGUUAUUUUUACAUUGUUAAUUAGAUAACUUCCUAUUGUAUUCCAUUUUCUAUUACUAACCUGUUGUGUGUGUGUGUGUAACACACCUGUUGUGUUGUAAAAAGGGACCGCAAAAUUAGUACAUUCCAGUACAAAUUGUUGUAUAAAUCUUUAUUGGAGGGUUUAGAAGAUACCUAUUAAACUAUUUUCAAAAA